AUGCCUGAUUUAGCAACUCGAAGGAAUAUUCCGGUAGCAUCAUUCUUUUCUAUGUCUGCUAUGUUUUAUUCUGUUCUUCUUUUCCAAAAUGAACACUAUCCUCUCGAUAUUUCAGAAAAUGGAGAUGAAAUGAUGAACAUCCCUGGAGUUUCUUCAUUUCCUCGCAAGGAUCUUCCAACUUUAACAGCCGAAGACUACAGUCUUUUCGACGAAAUAAUGGACGCAAUCUCAUCCAUUAGUCGAGCACAAUACCUCAUAUUUGGCACUGUCUACGAAUUCGAUCCUCAAGUUAUUGACAUUUUGAGAACAAGAUUUACAUUUCCCAUCUAUACUAUUGGCCCUGUAAUACCCUACAUGAACCUCCAAGAUCAUAAUUCUUCUUCAAGCGUCUACGAUGAUGGAACCGACUGCUUCGCAUGGCUGGAUCGCCAACCUAAUGAUUCCGUCUUGUACGUUUCUUUCGGCAGCUUUCUUUCAGUUUCAGGUGUUCAAAUGCAGGAGUUUGCAGCUGGUUUAGCUCAAAGUGGUGUGAAAUUCUUAUGGGUGGCACGCAAAGAAGUUGCACUAUUAAAAGAAAGUUUUCAUGAUAAUGAUAAAGAUAACGGGUUGAUAGUGUCGUGGUGUGAUCAAUUGAAAGUGCUUUGUCAUCCUUCGGUAGGCGGAUUUUGGUCGCAUUGCGGUUGGAAUUCUGUGCAAGAAGGAGCUUUUGCUGGUCUUCCUUUUCUUACUUUUCCGAUUGCAUUCGAUCAGCAGUUUAAUAGUAAGCUGAUUGUAGAAGAAUGGAAAACUGGCUGGACUUUGAAAAAAUAUGUUGGAGCGGAUAAUUUGAUAGGAAAAGAGAAAAUUGCUGAGAUUGUGAAGAAAUUCAUGGAUUUGGAAAAAGAUGAAGGGAAAGAAAUGAGGAAAAGAGCUAAAGAGCUUCAACAAAUAUGUCAAAGUGCAGUUUCAAAAGGUGGAUCUUCAAAAAUUAAUAUCGACACCUUUUUUGAUGACAUACCAUGCUAAGUUCUCUA